GCGUGCCUUGGCUGAGCUGCGCAGCUGCUGCAGAGAUCUCACGGCGGCGCAGAUGCAAGUAUUGGUCUGGGCUUUGCCGCAGCGCCGAGAGCUCGCUCGUUCGGCCCCGUCUCGUCAUCAUCAUCACAUCACUCGCCAAAUACCGCCGUGCCGUGCACAGAUGCCUAUGACAACCGACAUUCGAGCGGAUAAUAACAGAAAAGCCGAUAAGUCGAUAAAUAGCCUAAAUAUGGCGGCUAUAAGCGCGUUAUAAUCGUCAACAUCGACUGACGGUAGGGGCUAUUGCCUCGAGAAGAGGAGAAAAGCCUCACUUGUUCAGGAACAUCACUUGUGCAGAGGCUGCUCGCUGGCCCAACGAGACAUGAGACUGCAGGAGAAGGCAGGUAACUAGGCAACAACAGAAACACUGCACGCGCCACCGCGGGAUAACAUGGGGUACAAGUGUUCAGUCAGCACAGAAGAAGCAUGCUACACCCAAGGAAAGCUCAACUUAUUCAACUGGCAUUUGAGGGGGAUCUUACAAGAAGAUUUGGGGGAGAAUGGAAUGAUCGAUUACUCAGGAAGUUCCACAGAGCAUCAAUGAGGCUUCAACUAGUCUGAAAAGUACCCCGGGGCAGCGAUGGACCGCGUCAGCUUGCUGUGGCGUCUACGUCGUCGGGCCCGUCGCGGGGCGCUGUGUAUGGGCCUCUUCUGCAUCUCCAUGGCAAUGCUCUAUGCCCUCUGCGCCGAGAACAGCGUACCAGUCACCGAUGCUAUCUUUGGGGUGCGGGCACGGACCCGCGCCCAGCCCCGGGCACACUCCAUCAUCAAGGUGCUGAGAGGCGGGGCCAAGCCCAUGUACCUUGACCCCCAGAAGCUCCCCGGCGUCGUCCCUGGCAACCCCCACCGUCCAAUCCCAGUCCUCUCCUCCCCAAACCACACACAGGAAGUCACAGCUAAGGAGUCACACCCCAAACACCCCAUGAGAGAGCGAGAGUCAUCGGGAUUCUUCGCCUGGCUCUUGCCGCGCCCCUUCAUGCGGGCCAUGGAGACCCUGUUUGGGGGCCGACGUCGGGGGGAGCUUAGUGGAACAGUCGGGGAUGCAGAAUUUUUUGGUCCUCACAGAGCUCUCGGGGAGGUCUGGGACGACGAGAUGUCCAGUAAAAUGCUGGGGAAGAGGCUGAGGAAAGUGGUGCAGAACUAUCAGGCGAUGAAUAAGUAUGGUGUGGAGUUCUCUGGUCCUGGGGGCGUGGACACUCGUCCUAAGGUGAGCGGCUCAGAGCUGCUGUGCCAGCUGAAGGACAAGGUAGAAGUUGCGACCCUGACCCCUGACCUCGAGCCCUUCUCCGCUCUGCCCUGGGCGUCCCAGCUGCCCCUACAUCCCAUAACCUCUGACCUUGGACCCUACAAGAGCUGUGCAGUGGUGUCGUCGGCUGGGUCACUACGCUACUCUGGACUGGGCAAGGAGAUUGACUCCCAUGAUGCAGUGCUGCGGUUCAACGCAGCGCCCACCGUGGGGUACGAGAAAGACGUCGGCUCCAAAACCACCAUCCGCCUCCUUAACUCCCAGGUGAUGGCGUCCGACGACCACCGCUUCCUGUCCAGCUCUCUGUACAGCACAGGUGUUCUGGUGGCCUGGGACCCUGCCCCCUUUUCUGCUGACCUCAGCCAGUGGUACAACAAGACUGACUACCCCAUCUUCGCCCAGUACCAGCGGUACAGGAGGCUCCACCCCCUCCAGCCCUUCUACAUCCUGCACCCCUGCUUUGAGUGGCAGCUAUGGCAGCGAAUCCAGGACAACAUGGCCGAGCCCAUCCAGAAGAACCCGCCCUCCUCUGGACUGCUAGGUACGGUUUUGAUGAUGUCCCUGUGUGAGGUAGUACACUUGUACGAGUUCCUGCCAUCUCAGAGGAAGACGGAACUGUGUCACUACUACCAACGCUUCUACGACGCAGCCUGCACUUUGGGGGCCUACCACCCCCUGCUCUACGAGAAGAACCUGGUCAAGAGGAUGAACCAGGGGCUCGACAGGGACAUCUACACCCGCGGACGGGUAACCCUGCCUGGGCUCAGCACUCUCAACUGCACCCGGGGAGCUGAAAGUGUACCAGCAAGGACUGACUGAGAUAAUAAGAGAGAUCAUAUUACAGUCAGAAACACACAACAGGUCGUAAAUACAGAAAACACAAUCAUAUUCACACGCAAGCUCAGCAUGUAUAACAAUAUAACUGACGAAUUUAUCAUGUGCAAUCCCUUCAGACAAUCUCUAAAUCAUGGACUGAUGGACAUUGACAGACAUGUACACAUGUUUGACACUGCCAUAGCUAAAUGGAAUCUUGCAACUAAUGUAAAUACUCUUUACUCGCUCAAACACGCACAGGUGCACAGAAUUUCUUGUGACAGCACAUGCAAGGAAUCACACACAUACAUCAUACAAUGGACUGUCUGCAAAAAACCCACAAACACACAGUUCCUAUGGCGAUAUUCCUCUUCCCCUAUGUGUAUAUAAACUAUAAGCGUAGUCACUCCACUGUGAGGCGCUGUUGUCCUGUCUCUGUCUCUCAGGUUGUGACUGAGGGCUGAGGGACAGAGAGAAGAGAGCAGCUCCUCUCUCAUUACUGAAGAUUGUCUCUGCAUGCCUGCCUUCAGCUGCACUACCACACACCGAACCUACUGUACCCUACAUGGACUAGUUGAAAAUGGACUUGAAGAGAAACUGAGGAGACCGCAUGAAGCUCUGAGAAGAAGAGUGGCAUCUCUUGGAUAUGCUAUAUAGUCGACCAUAGACCAGAUGGAGAUAAAUCCCUGAGCAACAUGUGAAGGUUAAUUGCAGGAAGUGACUGGAGUUCAUGCCAUGAUGCAUGACAACUAAGGACGACCUAGAAAUUACUGCAUCAAACAUGGACCUCCAGAUACAUUGGGUCACAGAGGUUGUGCGGUGACACACACACACACACACACACACAGACUAGCUAGACUAGCAGUCUUCUCGCUCAUGAAUGAGCCAACCAUCCAGCACACCAUGGACCAAUGAGAACUGAGAACAGUUGUUCUGGAUUGGCUGAGGAUUUCGUGGGCAUCUAAUGCCCCCUUAUGGGUGAACAACGAAACUGGAUUGUUGUAUUUCCUUCCAGGAGGAAGAAAAAAUGUUUUGGUAAAUAAAAAGCCCUGGUCUGCAUCCAAAAUGGCAACCCUGAUCUAAUCAAAUGAAGAAAGGAUAUCUAGGACUGUGCACUUAUUUACCUACUCUACGAGAACCAAAUAAUGCUUUAUUUUUAAUAUUUUUAGGUUGCAUUUUUACUGAGAUGCAUAAUAACUUAAUUUACACUUCCAAGGAGGCUUUAUAGAUUUAGAAUCAUUGAUGUCAUAAUAUUGGAAAAAUAAGUAGAAUGACAGUCAAACCCCUUGUUGUUUGCACUUCUGCUCCCUGCCUGCCAGCCUUUCUCCCCUACCCUGCCUGUUACGUGUCAAGUGUCAUAGCAUCAGACUAUCUACCUGUUAUCUUCUUGAUGUGACAUUAUCUUUUGGAGAAAGUGUAUAUUUUAUUAACUGAUAACUCUGCACACUAACUCAGACACUCACACACUCUAUCUCAUCAUUCUGCCCUCAUAAGCUAAUUCUAUACCAUCCUGCUCAGACAACCCCAGUCAACCUUCUACAGUGACAAUUAACCAUUAAUGUGACUCCUGUUAAUAACAAACCACCGCUCACCUCGGUAACACUGCCCACACGUUAGCCGCCCCUACGUUACAAAACGCUGCUACCCAGUAUUGCACGAAAUGGUUGCUAACAUUGCCAAUAUGGUAGGGUUGCCGAUACAUUUUCAACAUAAAUACUACAGUAAGAAUGAUCCGAAUAAUGUAUAUUGACUUUGCAUUUGUGUUCAGAUGAUUUGUUAAACCAACUGAAUGAAUGUGCUUCUGGUGUAUGCCUUGUAGCACUGCCUAUCCAUACAUCCACCAUAUUCCACCAUUUCCCAACCAGCACAGAACAUUCUCCUAAUGUUGCCACAACAUUGGGAAAGUAAGGCAAAAAAUAAUAAAGCUUUCACAAUAACAUUCCA